AUGGCUGCCCCGCGGCUGCCCGGGCCUUGCCGGGGAGGCUGCAGUGGAUGCGGGCGCCCCUCAAGCGAGCCCGGCGCGGACGGCGAGGGUCAGCGCGCAGAGGCCUGGGGCGCAGCCACCUCCCAUCCCGCGGCGCCGCCCGCCGGUGGGUGGCGGUGGCUGCGGAGGCAGCGGCCAGCCCGAUCUGCCUGCCGGCGGGCGCGCAGGAGUCCCGCAGUCCGAGUCCCGCGAGGACCCCGCCGCGGCGGGCGGGCCAGAGCCAUGGCCACCAAGUGGUUCACCGGCGCGCCCUUCAGGGUGCAGAGCCAUAGGUUUGACGUCUCCACUGUCUAUCCUAACCAGAAAAAGUUCAGCACCUUUACGGAGGCUUUGUACUCCAGGAUUUACUCUGUGGACGUGUCCCACAUAGGACCUGGGACCUAUGGCUACAAGGAGACCUGCUUCAGUAAUAAGAAGCUGAAGAAGGAGGUGGGCACAGGCUGGGCCAAGGCCCAGGAAGCCACCCGGCUGACCCAGCUGCCCCACUUUCAGUACCAGGCUAUCAUGAGAGAGAAGCGGCAGCCGAAGGAGAAGCUGGGACCUGGCUCCUACAACCUCAAAGACUUCUUAGAAGAGCUGCAGCAGAAACCAGGCAGCACUCGGGUGCUGCUCGGCUCUGGGGAGGUUCGCUUCUGAGGACUCCCCCGGAACUACUACCCAGGCCCUGGAAAUUACGGGGAGAAGGGCAACCCGUACACGAAGCUGGAGGAGAGCGCCUGGAACCGGUCUCGUUCUGAGGGCCUCAUGUGCAGGAUGACCAACAAGCCACCCCCCCCGGCUCAUCAGGGGAGCGGUCUGGCACCGGGCACCUACACCUUCAAAAGUGGGUUGGAGAUGUACCUGGCACGAUCCACAGGCACCUGUGGCCUCUAUGACACUUUCUCUGGUGACCUUAGCAAACUCCAGCCUUAUGGACAUUACUCUGUGCAGAAAAAAAGGCCCAGGGAACUGAUGAAUUUCAAGAGCUUCGUGGAAGAACUUAACUCACGUCACAAUAAGAAGCGCGGAGUUUUUUCAAAAGUUCCCCGCAACCCGGAAACCCCUCCAGAAAGAAUUUAUUGGGCCACCCUUAGCCAGUGUCCCUGAAAACUAGCCACGUUUGGUCCCGGUGUGUGGCUUCCUCUGGAGAAGGAAUGCAAACACAUCGAGCAGCCACCGUUCCUGCUGUCCUCCAAGUGGAUAGAUAAGGCCUACCAGAUGAUUUGGGGAACCUGGAACCCCGUAGGUGUGGGUCGCUACCUCAACACCCAGCUGAUGGAGACAAAGGACCGUCGGCAACGAUACUGGUCCCUGUUCAUGGGCGGAUCCAAGCGCUACCUCUCAGACCUGGCCCGGGAUAGGCUUAUGCAGGAAAGUAUCACACCUUUUACUAAGGGGAAGUGCCCUCCAACCGUGGACUAUAAUUCAGAGCCUAUUCCUUAUACCUGA